AUGUUCUCCUUGCUACGGAGUACAGCUACAUCUUCUUGUAGCUGCAUAAUCUCCAACGAAUUGCUUCGACCAGUAGUUGGCGAAUUCGCGCAACAAAGAGGCAGGAAGCGCGCAUUGAAACAAACGAUUACUCGUCAGCAGAAACUCGAGCGGCGUUUGAAAAGGGAAGAAAGAGAAGCAGCAAGGAAGCAGUACACAUUUAUGGAAAGGAUAAAUAUUCGAAGGAUGAAGAACUUACUAUCACCAUCACAGCAGUUUCCCGGUCGGCUAAAUCGCGAUGAUGAAGCUGCCUUACCAGACAAACCAUUGACUAAUAUAUUCAUUAGGAGUAAGGUCAAAACUCAGUUUUAUUCUGUUGCUGAAGCUCUUGCUAGGCAUCGGGAGCUGCAACAACCUGCUAUAUAUAAUCACCCUAAUGCGCCACUGAGGCUGCGACUGGAGCUGAAUAUGCAGACAGAAAGGCAGACCAAGAUGGUAACGAACUCAGAUGAAAUCGUCCCCGUGCCUUAUCCUUUUAAACAUAAUGAAAAACGUACCAUAUUGGCGUUUGUCAACGAUCCAAAGCUUCAAGAAGUCGCCGUUGAGUCCGGUGCUGAAAUAGCUCUUGGUCAGGACGUGGUUAAAAAGAUCAUCAAAGGCCAAUUUCGAACUGAUGAUUAUGAUUUUUGCGUUGCCCAUACCGACAUGGCUUCUUACAUUCUACCUCUGAGAGGGAUUCUGAGGACUAAGUUUCCUACUAGAUCCAAUGGUCUGCAGCUUCGUGGUCUUGGCGAAGACUUACCCGAUCUUGUGCAUAAGUUCAAGAGCGGUGUCAAGCUUUCCAUCAAGGGCGAUCCUGUUUAUCCCAUCUGGGGUUUAUGUGAUGCUGUAGUUGGCAGG